CAUAGUAUGGAACCUAAAAACGAAAUUAAAAAAAUUGCUAAAUCAAAACCAACACCGCAGUCUUUGAGUAAAGAUCGAACGAUACCAUCCACAUCUAGAGACGCAGGUCGAGUGAUUGUGCUAAAAGAUGACCACAGAUCUGUCAUACCAUGGUACCGAAGACUUUGGAAAUAUUUUUACAACAACGAAAAAGGUACAAUAUGCGAAAGAACACGGAAAAGUUGGUUAUACAUAACUGGAUAUUCAAUCAUAUAUUUAUUAUUCCUUUGCACGUACAUGAUGAUAUUUCUGUACGCUACAUUAUCAAUUAUAAAAAUGCAUGGAGAUUAUCAAGUUAUUGAUAAGACUUCACUCCUAACAUACUCCGAUCAUGGCAUAGGAUUAUCUGCUACGCCAACUGGACUCAGCAAUACACCUUUGAUCUGGUACAAAGAGAACGAUGAGAAGAGUUACCAGAAAUACGUAAAAGCAAUAGAUGAGUUAUUAUCAGAUGAUAUCAGAAAAAGAGUUAAUAGGACCGAGUUAGGUCCAUGUGGACAUCCUCCGUAUGGAUAUGGCGAGAAACCUUGCAUUAUUAUCAGAGUUAAUAAGCACAUAGGUUGGUCUGUCAAUCCUAUACAUAUAAAUUCAACUUAUUAUAAAGAUGUUCCAACACACAUAAAGAAAUUGCUAGAAAAUAAACAAAAGAAGUUGUUUUUGACGUGUGAUGGGUUUCAUUCUUAUGACAAGGAGCAUAUUGGUAAAAUAGAGUACUUCCCUGAUCCUCCGGGAAUAGAUGCGAGUGUAUUCCCUUUAGAUAUACAAGGAAGUUCGCCAUUAUUGGCUGUACAGAUAUCUGACUUCACAUUGGGCAUGUCAAUAGCUGUUGAAUGUAAGAUGUGGUACGAUGGACCUACAUCAUCAUUACAUUUCCUACUCUACGUCACACCUAAGAACGUAUCAGUGUAAAUAAUCAA